UUCCUGGGACACCGGCCAAUCGUGAUAAACGUAGAACGUCUGUGCGACUGCGCGGGACGAUUUGAAUUUUCCCCUGUGCUUCUUGCCAGUUACGAUGGAAGCCGCCUGGUCGGAGUCCGCCAUGGACCUCUCUGCUCGCGCACAAAUGUUUGAAGCUCAUAUACAGAACUACAGUGGCAACGAUCCACUUGAUCCCUGGUAUAGAUAUUUUCAAUGGAUAGAAGGAAUGUCAGAAGCAGAAGGAAAGCAAAAUUGCCUGUCACAUUUACUGGAGCGGCUUGUGAAAAUGUUUUUAAGUGAUAAGAGGUAUCAUCACGACAUGAGAUUCAUCAGCUGCUGUGUCAAAUUUGCUGACUUCAUUGAUAACCCGUGUCAGUUUUUUGAUUACAUAUACAGCCAAGGAAUUGGUAACAAAUCAUCCAUUCUGUAUAUUUCUUGGGCUCAACAAUUUGGUGGACAAGGAAAUGUGCCUCAGGCAUGCAUUGUUAUUCAGAGAGGUAUCCAGAAUGAAGCCCAGCCAAUUGAGAAAUUGCAUCAGCAGUAUCGGUUGUUACAGAGUAGCUUGUCCCAGAAUCAGAUUUCAACUCCAGUUGGUGUUUUGCAGCAACGUAAUCCUCAGAUGUCCAAUCAGUUGGCUUCUAAAAAUGACUUGGCCUGUCCCUACCAGAGCCAGAACCCAAACAGUUCUGAAGCAUAUCCCAUCACUUGCAGGGGACCAGAGAAUGUAGAAAAGCCCAAGUACAUUACCACCAUUUCCAAGUCAGAAGUUGUACCAAUGCCAUCAAGUCAUGCUGUCCUUGAGCAGAAGGCAAUGUAUAUCAAGACUCUUCUCUGUUGUGAAGGUUCUGAACUGUGCUUUGAAGAAGUGAGAGCCAAAACAUAUUUGAAGAAGGCAGAACGUUUGAAAAGGCACAAGGAAUGGGAGAAUGAAGACAAAGAGUUUAUGAAAAAGAAAGAAAGUGACCUCCUUGAGCUACAGGAACUGCAGCAGAAAUUGGAUCAGCUCUCCCAAACAUCGUCUUCAUGCCAGAAGGAUAUAUUGCAGCCAGUUGCUCACCAGUCCCUAAGCUCUACAGGGGGUGAUCGAUGUGUACCAAUCAGGGCAGCACAGUGUUGGCCAGAAUGGACAGCUUCUUCUGCAUCUCAGAGUACUCUGAAUUUGGGGACAGAACAUCAAAGUUUAUCAGCAGGUGCUUUAGCUUCCCAGCCUCUUGGAAAUCACCCACAAAGAUCUGCUUCCAAGGAGAUUUCGGUUGGAGUGUCUUCAACUUCCUUAGCAAUGAUGACCAAUGUGGACAAUACUGAUGAAAUUCUUGGGCACCAGUCAGUAUUUGAUUGUCUGUCGACUGCUGUAAGUGAAAAAGCUGCAUUUGAAACUCAUCCUGAUCUUGAAGAAUGUGCAAGUAGCCUGUGUAGACUUCAAGUCAGCAGUAACAAUUCUGUCCAGCCACCUCAGAAACAUGCUACUAUCUCCUAUAAUUGCCAUGAUGAAGAGAUGCACGUAGAUCCUUCAAAUUGGAAAGAGCGGUAUUCCAUUGAAAUGAGAGACGUACCAGAUAACAGAAAUACUUCAGUCUUUUUUAAUCACCGUCAUGCCACUCCAAAUACAUCAAGCAUAAUGCAAGCAACUCCAUCUAAAGUACAGCCUUCUCCUACUGUUCACACAAAGGAAGCCUUGGGUUUCAUCAUGGAUAUGUUUCAAGUGUCUUCUCUAAAAGAUACCACUGUACUUUCAGAAGAUGAGGAAGAAGAUGUUGAGGCCUUCUUCAGAAACAAAGAUCCAGGUGAGGCUGUCACCAUUAAGCCUGGUGCUCCUGCUGCAUUACCUGCUUUUACAAUUUUUGAGGAUGAGAAUACAGAGCUCGCGCAACCAGUCCCAAAGUCAACAUCUAUCAAAGUAUUUGGUGAACGUUCUACAGGCACUCUGACUCUUGCUAAACCAAGAGAUGAAAGCCAGCCAGCUGAGGGCCUGACGAGUGACUGUACUGUCUGGGCUAACCCAUGCAACCAAACUUUUGCUCCAUGUCUGAAAAGCCCAGAAGACUUUGUUCAAGCUGCUCACCUUGCCUCCUCUACACCAUUCAAUACCCUUUCAGUGCCUGCUGUCCAAGAGAUGCAAGCUAAAGUCAUUGAGAACCCUUGGGACGAGAGUUUAAUCUUCCAGCUUCUGUCCAGACUGCCCAAACCAAUAAGUGCUUAUCCCAAUACUUUCCAUUGGACGUCGGGUCUUCCAGUUGUCAAACCAAAAACUGUUCUCAAAUUAGCAUCCACAUCCUUCCACAUUGAUUGCUUACUUGGAGAAGGAGCUUUUGCACAUGUGUAUCAAGCUUCCGUCCUUGAUAUGGACAACUCUAAGAAUAACCAGAAAGUAAUACUGAAGGUACAGAAGCAUGCAAGCCCCUGGGAAUUCUAUAUAGCAGCUCAGCUGACUGAAAGGCUGAAGCCAGAUAUGCGUCACCUUUGCAUCCAGUUCUACUGUGCUCAUUUCUUUCAAAAUGGAAGUAUUCUAAUUGGGGAGCUUUACAGUUAUGGAACUUUACUGAACACCAUAAAUAUAUACAAAAAACUAACAGAGAAGGUGAUGCCCCAAGCUCUGGUUAUCUACUUCACCAUAAAAAUCCUGCACAUGGUAGAAGAGCUUCACAAGUGUGGGAUAAUUCAUGGUGACAUUAAACCUGACAAUUUUAUAUUUGGUGAAAGGUUUUUGGACAAUGACACAUGUGACAUUGAUGGUACAUCUCAUGGCCUGACAAUAAUUGAUUUUGGCCAAAGCAUAGACAUGAACCUGUUUCCCGAAGGAACUACUUUCACAGGAAAAUGUGCAACAUCUGGAUUUCAAUGUAUUGAAAUGAUGGCAGGCAAGCCAUGGAAUUACCAGACCGAUUAUUUUGGAAUUGCUGCAACAGCAUACUGCAUGUUAUUUGGCACAUAUAUGAAAGUAAAAAAUGAGCAAGGGAUCUGGAAACCUGACGGUGUCUUUAGGAGGAUUCCUAAUGGAGAAGUCUGGACUGAUUUCUUCUUUACUUUGCUGAAUAUACAAGACUGCAACCACUUGCCUUCUUUGGGAGCUUUACGGGCAACGUUGAGAGACUUAUUUUUAAGAACUUAUUCCAAUAAAAUAAUGGUUCUCCGUAACAGGCUUGCAGUGUGGCUUGUUGAAAACAAACGAUCACGAAAGUAAAUGCUGGACUCUUGUGAAACUCUGAAAAAGUUCUGAAAUGUAAUUGUUUCAUCAAGCGGCAGUUUAAUUUUGGUUCAAUGACUGGAGAAGGAUGGAGCUGCACUUGCUUAAAUAGUGCACUGUUAAUGGUUUGAUUUGACAAACGGCCUCCAUUUGCUAAUACCUCUCACAAAAUAUUAACGUUGGAGAUGAACACUCUUUCUGAAACUGGGCAGCAGAAAAAUAGGGAAGAGGGAGUGGAGUGAUGAGAAGAAAUGUAUUCAACAUGAGGAGAUCCAAAGCUUGAGAAUGAAAAUCGAGACGGGUGAAGAAGUCAGUGUUUGUGCAACUCGCAUCUAAAUAUCUAAAUACUCCAGCAUUUUUUUCCUAUGGAUAGUUUGUAAACAAUAAAAUGUGCUUUCAAAGGAAAAUUGUCCAGCCAUUGAUUUUAAUUUUUCAGGUAAAACAGAGUAGAAUAAUAGCAAAUAACAGAAGGCAUCAGGGUGUAAUAGACAAAUCUAAUAGCAUAACAAUACUGAUACCACAUCUUGAGUUAAAGUAAUAUAAUUACAUUAUAUUAAAGCUGUUACUUAGCCAUUAAGUACUGACCAUGGACCAACUUUUCUAUGUCUGAAGCUCUCCAACUGUGAUAGGUUUUCCAAGUUGAGUAUGAUGGGAGUUGUAGUCUCUUAGACUAACAGAAAGUUUCUUGCAUAAAUAUAUAAAAGCAGAAGCCAAAUUGUCUUAUAGUUAUAACACACCCUUUAUCACAAUUCCUUAUUUUUACUUAUCACAAUUCCUUUGACAAUGCUAUCUUUAAUAGCAAAAUGAGCCCAGCCCACCCCAAAAACAAAGAUAGUUUUUCUUCUAUGUUUAACUCCAGAGACCCACCGAUAUACAGGUAGCUCACUUACCGACUGCUCAUUCAGCGACCGUUUGAAGUUAUGAUGGCACUGAAAAAGGAGAUUUACGACCAGUCCUCAAGUCGGCUUCUGACAAGCAAAGUCAAUGAGGAAGCUGCCAGCAAGUCGUGGUCACAUGACAUGCUUAAUGACUGCGGGUGAUUCACUGAACAACCACAGCUGGAACUGACAUAAGUCAGGUAUGGUCAUGUGAUAUUUCAUUUAAUGACUGUACUGCUUAGCGACAGAGUUGCUGGUCCUAAUUGCAGUCAGUACGUGAGGACUAACUACCUGUCUAUAAGCUGAAGGAGAAAAAUCAAGAGUUUGUGAGCAAGUAUAGCAGGGGAACAAACUCUUUAGUGGGAUCAUCCACUGAAUACUUUGGAAAAAAGCUUCCAUUAGUAAUGGCUAUAGGAAGUUAGUCUGGAAGAUACUGCAUUGCUACAUUCUUUUGGAGGGGUAUAGAAUGCUGUCAGUUGAGGGCAAACCCCAAAACUAGCGAUGGGAGGAAGGACCUGAUUUGCUCAAACCCCUAACAAUUUAGAUUGAAAGGCAAGCGCAGGUUUUCCAGAAUGGAAAUGAGUUUUCUUUCUACUCCAGCAAAAAGAAUGUGCAUUACUAUGUUCUAAUAGUAAAUUGCACUAAAUGAACAUAGAGCCUAUUGUCGAGUAAAGCACACAUACGCUGAAGUUAGGGAGUGGAACUUGAACACAAGUGAAAUGGCACUCCUUACAUUGUUACUAGGAGUUACUCGGAAUAUCUUUGUUCAAGGCUGCUUUGGGGUCUUAGAAUUGAGAAACACACACAUUUCUAGUAAGCAUUCCCAUAAUGUUUAUUUAUAUUUGAAUAAUGCAUUGUAUAAAUUCACUGCUUGCAUUUAUUGGUAUCAAAUUAUAUUUUGAGUUAACUAUUGGAGAAUAAUUUGUCCCUCAUUCUGAUAAAACUGAACCAAUUACCUCCCAGGCUAGCAUUUAGAUCAAAGGGUAAUCUGCAUAUUAAUAUUUGUAUUCCCUAAACGUUGCAAUACAGCAACAUUUUAAAAUUCUGUAGUUGGAGAAAAUUCAGAAACUCCAUUUCACUGUAGUACUCUGAUUCAUACUUUAAUAGGGAAAUGGAAUAGACUUCAUCUGUAUCUUACAGAUUAGGGAUCCCUACCAAAAGCGUUUUUCUUUCUGCAUGCUCCCACCCUGGCAACCUUGAAUUGCACUGCCAAUAUCUGGGGGAAAGCCCUGCCAUACGAUACCAUGAUUUUUGAAGUGGGUCUGUGCACAUAAAGCAAACAAAGGAGGUGCAAAUAAGCCUCCUAGAUUUAAAACUCAUUAGGGAAAACAUGCAGAGCAUGACUUCUAGAAUUCUUUCCAACCUCUUAAUAGCCGUUCCACCUAGCUGAAAUGAGGAGGAAAGUGGGCU